AUGUCAGGAGGUUUGGGAAGGGCUGCGAGUUUAACGAAGACCCAGCAGCAACGAUAUUUACAGGAGAUACCAAGUUUAUCAAAACCGGAAAAGCGACUCGCGGUUAAUAAGCAAAUUGAGCAUUGUGAGGAGCAACAGCAAAGGCUAGAACACUCAGUAAGGCGUAUCGAAGCAGCUGUUGGACAUUUAGAUCGACAGAAUAAUAGUUGA